GUAUGUCUUUCGGGCUGUGUGGCCAUGUUCCAGAAGCAUUCUCUCCUGACGUUUCGCCCACAUCUAUGGCAGGCAUCCUCAGAGGUUGUGAGGUAUGGAGAAAACUAAGCAAAGAGGUUAAUAUAUAUCUGUGGAAAGUCUAGGGUGAGAGAGGUCAGUGUGAAUGUUUCACCAUUGCCUCACCACUAGCUACUUUCAGUGGGACACUGGAUUCUAUGAACAUUGGAUCGCCGACUUACAACCUGGCAAAAUUUCUGGCUACACAGCUACAAACCCACAUUGGGCUCACUGCACAUUAUAUCAAGGACUCUACACACUUUAUAGAAAAGAUCAGCAACCUCAAUCUAAGCACCAAGGACAUCCUGAUCAGCUUUGAUGUGGUGUCCCUUUUUACCAAAGUCCCAGUAGCUGACACCCUCACACUAAUCAAACAAAACUUCCCAGAAGACAUCACAGCCCUGUUUCACCAUUGCCUCACCACUAGCUACUUUCAGUGGGACACUGGAUUCUAUGAACAGAAGGAUGGAGUGGCCAUGGGGAGCCCUCUCAGCCCAGUAGUAGCAAAUUUCUAUAUGGAAUACUUUGAAAAACAGGCCCUAGAAACAGCACCAAAAAAGCCAACUGUUUGGUUCAGAUACGUAGAUGACACCUUCACAAUUUGGAGCCAUGGAGAGGAAGAACUCAGCAAGUUCCUGGACCAUCUUAACAGCAUCCACCCAAACAUCCAAUUCACCAUGGAAAAAGAAAAGGAAGGAAAACUGCCAUUUCUAGAUGUUCUGGUCAUCCGCAAACCCAAUCAACAAUUGGGCCACACAGUUUACAGAAAACCUACACAUACAGAUAGAUACCUUCAUAAAAACUCCAACCAUCACCCAAGUCAAAAAAGGAGCACAAUCAAAGCCCUGACGGACCGUGCACAAAGAAUCUGCGAACCUCACCUCCUCCAAGGUGAACUCAACCACCUAAACUGGGCUCUACAGGCCAAUGGAUACUCCACCACAGACAUCAGAAGAGCUGCAAGGCCAAGAACAAGCCAUGAGAGUCAAGACAAAGAUCCACCCAGAGGAAAGGUGUUCUUACCAUACAUCAAGGGAACUACUGACCGCAUAGGGGAGCUGAUGAAGAAGCACAACCUACAAACUAUCUACAGACCCACGAAGAAAAUCCAACAAAUGCUACGGUCAGCGAAGGACAAGAGGGAUCCUCUCUCUUCUGCAGGAGUCUACCGGAUACCAUGCAGCUGUGGACAAGUGUCCUGCUCACUUCAAAGGAUCAGUCUGAACGCAGAUUAG